CAUGCCAUACAACACCAGAAGAAAGUCGCUUUCCCUCUCCGAGCUUGGUAUCACCGUCCCCAAACGCUCGCGAGCUUCCUCUCAAUCCCAUCCCUCGCCGCCAGCCACGGUUAUUGAUGACGAGCCCCUCACCAAGAAGCCCAAGAGGUCGCACGACUCGCUGUCCCCUCCUCCCGCAUUGAUGAGCCCACCGAAAACAAAGACUCUGUCUAUUCGAACAGAGCCACCAUCGCGACUGGCCGAACACACUCCUCCGCCAUCACCAGGAACUCAGACAGUGCAUACAGUCGACACCGAAGGCAUUAGCGAUGAUGUGGUCGUCGCAACCAUCAAGCAGCUCGAGAAGACGGGCAACAGACCGCAUCUGGUCAAGGAAUUGGCUGCAGUUUUGUGCCACUGCAUAGGUGCCGUGGAGAACUAUCUCAACCGCAACUGGCCCGCCAUCAGCCCUUGUCCGCUGGCUAAGUACCAGUCUCAAGUCCACCCCCGACCGCUAUAUUANUUUUUGACCACUCAACCCCACCAACCUAUUCCUGAACUUUCGCAAUCCCACGACAUUCAAGCCGCCCGUCGCAUCAUCACUCCCGCUCUGUCCUCGGCCGCCGACGAUGAAGAUGAGAAGUACAGCAGAUCACGCGCCUCGCUCUCUCCCGAAGUCGACCUGUCUAGCCCCGAACUCGACGAGCCACCACACGGCGAUAUCGGCUCCGCAUUCCAUCCUCGCCAUUCGCUCUCGCGUGACCACCCUCCAACUACCUCCAACUUGGCUCACAACCGCCGUGCCGAUAGCCCUCCUCUCGAACGCGAAGAGCGUGACUUCAAACAGACCGCAAACGCCCUGCAGGAGCUCCGUCGCGCGAGCCAGGAAGUCGUCACCAAGCCCAUCAAGGUCGAGGCUUCCGAGACUAUCGCCAUGUCGGUCGAGUCGGACGACCAUAACGUUCAAACCACUGACGAUCUCUUUGAUGGCCACGAUCACCUUUCCUCAUCUGUGAGCACCCUGUACGACUUGAGCAGCCCGGUCUUGAGACCCCAGGGCUUCUACGACCUCAAGACGCAGCAGGCUCAGGAUUGGAACACUGAAAAGAGAGUCUCGAUUGAUGCAAUGUCUCUGGACGAUCAGGACGAUGAUGCUAUGGACAUGUGGAACGACUUCCGCAGCCCUGAGAACAUCGAUCUCGAUGAGCUUGAAUGCCUUCUGGACGCCUAC